CUCAAAUAGGAGAUCAGCGGAUCGAGUCCUGUGUCAAGUGUAGUGUGUAGACGAUUCUUCUUUUCUAGUCCAUCGAUUUCAGUAAAAAGGGGAAAUUAAAAAGAGAAUCCUCCACUAUUCACUUUACUUCACUUCUGUUCUGUCUCUAGACUCUCUACUGGAUCAGCAAAGGCGCUGCUUUCUUUUUAUCAGAUCAAAGGUCGCAAGUCUGUCAAGAGAGAGCUCUUACUUGAGGCAGUUAAAGCAAACAAUUCUAUAUGGUUCAAAUGGAUAACGAGAGGAUGAGAUCAGGGAACGUCAUGUCCGUGGAGAUUGCACUACAAAGAGAAGCAGAGUACCAAAAGAGAAUACAGAAUUUGCAGAAGCCUUCUGACUAUGAUUCUAGAAAAAUCAUUGUGCCUGACCAGGUGGUACCUUCUAAAGUUGUACCUGAAGAGAGUCAACAAAAAGUCUAUUCGCAGUAUGAAGCAUGUUCUGGUAUGCUGAUAGACCUUGUAUCUAACAAGCAACAAAAGCUUGAACACGAGAGUCCUGUUACCAAAAGGGAAGCGACUCAUCUGCAGUUUCAGGAACCCUCUACCCCAAUCCAGGGAUCAUCAUCUUUGGUGGGUAUGAAGCGCAAAACUCCUGAAAACUUCACAUGUUCAUCACCACAACCAGAGCAACAGUCUUAUGUACCAGAAACAGUCAACAUAUGGUGCAAGGUAUGCCAAGUCCCAUGUACAAGUGUAUUCAAUUUCAAGCAACAUUGUCAAGGAAGGAAGCACAAGAGCAAAGUAGAAGUAGAAGAGUUGAAGCAUUUAACUAUCUGUAAUGAUAAGAAAGAUUCAGGGCCAGUGUGGUGUGACAUUUGCUCGGUCCCAUGCUCGGAUGGAUCAGCUUACAAACAACAUUGUGAUGGUAAAAAGCAUGCUGCUUUCCUGAAAGCCUUUAAUAAGGCAAUGAGAGGCAAAUGAGUUGGAACUGAAAACUGAAUGGCAAAUAGUAGGUUUGAUCAGUGGUUGAUUACAACAGUCCUUCUGCACUUCUUCUGAACAAUCUGUGUCGAUGUCAAAUACAUACACCAGCUUUUUGGAAGGCAGUUUCUUGUAAAUGGUUUAGAGUAGAGAAAACCGUGGAAUGUUGGCCGCUAUGUUAAUCAGGCAUUAAUCUUAUCGAUCAAUACGAACAAUUUGAA